AUGCCUUGGAGCCAGGCCAUUACUCGCGAGGGUUUCUCCUCCGAUCCAGCCGGCAAGAGAGCCGUAGAGAACUCCGACUUCGUACGCGGGCAAUUCCAGCAUUACGGCGUGACUUUUGACGAGCGUCAAUUCUCUGGCUGGCGGAUGCAAAACACCGUGCCUCCGCGUAUCUUGGAGCUGAAGGCGCAGCUGCACCGUGAAUGGCUCAAUGCCUGCACACCGGAACAGCUUGAUCCUGAGUUAAUCAUUGAAAAAUACUUUGGCAGCAAGCGACAGCCGGACUGCACUAUUACUACUACCGUUGUCGGGAUCCCGUUCCCGCCGUCUAGUCAAUUUCGGGCGGGUCAGAUGCGUGACGCGGCGAGCAAGGUGGUAGGGCUGCAUCAGGAGACAGGCAGCGGACCAAGUACACAGAUGGUCUUCAUGGGUUGGGAUAAGGAUGCGGUGGGAAGAGCAGCCAAGGGUCAUGCGGCGAAGGAGAAGCAGGAACUUCGAGCUGCCGAAGAGAAACGCGAGUAUGAGCGCGCACAGUUGCAUGCAAACUACUGUCGCCAGGCUCGGAAAGUGGUUUCACCGGUUGGGAGUUACAUCGUUGACAGUGCUGAGAUCGAAAGAGAAUGGCCGGACCUUGCGAAAGAUCUAUGUCUCGAUAUUCACGAGACCGAGAAGCCUGGCACUUUCGAGGCGGAGUUCGACUUCGGGGUUCUGGAAGGCGUGAUGAUUGUUUGUGCAGACCAGGCCGCCCUAGAACAGUACAGUUCUCGGGCAGACAGGGCCUAUGAAAAGUACUGGGCUGAUGAAGAAAAAGUGGAUGACAACGAUUACGAGAACAUUUCGGACCUGGAUGACGCAGAUGAAGAUAAAAGGCCCCGGGCAGGUUCCAAGCGAAAGGCCCCUGCUCCGCAACACAGAGGCGGGUCGAAGAAGCACAAAGCAGCUUCCGUCCUUGCAUACCGACUGAAGAUGAGAUCUUGCGAGACUGGCGAGAGUGAGAUCAACUACCACUCAGAGAAUGGAACUAUUGAAUUCAAAGAUGGGAGAUAUGCCAGCUUCGUGGCAAAAGCCAACAUGUGGUUUGUUGGUCGGGGAGUAAAGUUCACUGCGCGCAAGGUUUCUGAUACACCAUCUUCGCGCGGCAAGGAGUGGGCAAGCUACUCGGAGAGACAAUCUGAAACUGAAAGAGUGAACAGGUGGCAUUGAGCCUAGCUCUUACGAUCACUAUUUCCAAGCAUUGUACUGUACUAGAAGCGUUGAGAGCGUCGUCAGCGGUGCCUUCCAAGCCAAGGGCUGGCCUCCUAUCUCAAAACCGCCUCUACUACACAAUCUUGAUGGAUUCAUUCUAUAGAGGAGAGAUUAUUUCCUCAGUGCUUACUACCAAAUCGGGGCGAGUUUUAUUAUCACUUGUCUCUGGAUUCGGUGGAUCUCAUAU